GAAGAAGAAACGUCAACUGCAAACAGUCACCUAACCAGUGUACACUUAUUUCGUCUAUACAUUCACAUUCACAUUACUUGAAACGCUUUCGCGAAAAUGGGUCAAUUUGCUGGACAUGUAUUCCCUGGAAGUGCUUCCAUGUUUUUUGGUUUAUGGACUGUUUGGCAUAUGAUGGAUAACUUUUAUCGACGAAAACGUUUUGAAUUAUUGAACAAGUCGAAUGGUGAACCAGUUCCCUUAUAUGUCAAUAGAAUAUCUUUUCCAAUUGUGAGAAAAACUUCACAUAAUCAGAAGUGUUGUACACAAAUUAUACCAGUUGAUUCGGCUUUAAAAAUUUCAGCUGGCAUCAUUUUAUUGUGUGAAGAAGUUGAUUUACUCUUUGACAAAGACUGGGCAAAUAUGAAUGCUCAAACUACACAACAUGUCAGUAUGAUCUCUUUGUUUGCAAUAAGUGGUGUAGCAGAAGUAUGCAUACAUUAUGGGGUGUUGAAAAUUCCGGUUCAAUCAGAAUACCUCUUCACUUUAAUAGCACUGGUGGGAGAAUUCGUCUUAUUCACAUUUCAUUUACAUGGAAGGAGUUCAUUCGAUGCUUAUCUUCACCUACUUCUAGUUGGAAUGAUUGGUUUAGGUGUUGUACUGUUACUCUGUGAAGUGAUGUCUCCUCAUCAGCCUAUUUAUGGUUUAAUGCGCUGUUGGACAUAUCUGAUGCAAGGAACAUGGUUUUGUCAGAUUGCUGUCAUACUCUACCCAACAUCAGAAUGGAUGCGAACAACAUGGGAUGAGAGUGCACCAGAAAGCAGAGCAUCAGCCGCCAACUUAUUCGCCUAUCAUAUGAUCGCUAAUCUCUUUGUGAUCAUUCUAAUCGUGAUACUGGGCGGUAUACGUCACAGAAGCGUUGGAUCCACCAGGGAUCAAACGACAGCAGCAACCGCAGUGACAGCAGGAUGUAGAAUGGUAAAAGGACAAUUUAAACAAGAGAAUAAUCAACUGGACACUCUACUAACACAGCAGAGUUUCACUGGAGAGUUGAAUCAGUUGAAUUAUCGUCCCUACAAAGAUGCUUGUUAGUGUGUAUGAAAUGAAAUGAAAUAUACUCAAUUGUAGAAGAAAUAUGCACAAAAAUGAAAGAAGUCCAGCUUAUUUUGAAACACAACUAAAUCUGUCUAAACACAUUUAUUGACUGUCAAUUGAACAUUAAACUGAUUAAUUUUUGAACUGCUCAUUUUCUAUUGUCAUAAUUUCUAUUGGAAUAUACAAAUAAACAGGCAGGGGAUAUCUCUGCCUGUCGUUUUGGUCAAAUGUUUCAUGUCUUUCUUUUUCUCUUUUUUUCCUUCACGUUCCCCAGAGGAACAUAGGGCUUCAAGCU